AUGCUGCGCCCUCCCGCCCUGACUGUCGCCGACAGCAGCUACCUCUCGCCCGCCAACCUCGAUGUGACCCAUUACCCAGACGACUCGCUGACCGACGAAGAAGUCCAGCGCCACCUCCGCGAUGUCGAGUCCAGCUUCCUUCCCUCCCUCUCGCCCAUCCCUACUGGAUCUACGAAUGGUGACGGCGGGGUCGACGACACGUACCUGUUCGACUCGCCCACUAAGGCAGCCAUGCCGGCACCGUUGGGCCGCCAUGUUGAGGAAGAUUCGACGACCAGUACUUCUGCUCUCGAGAACCUCAACUCAUCGCCCACGGCUGCCGCUGCCGCUCGCACCAUCUCUCGCGCUGUGAGCAUGGCCAGCCAGCCCGACCUGCGCUCCCAUGACUACGACGAAAACGACGACCAAGACGACGCCCACGACACCUCUCUGCUGUCCACUUCCACAGACCACGACGUUUCUCUGUCGCGAUCGCACUCGUUGUCGGAGCGGAUGGACCCUGGCAGCACCCCAGGGAACUCUCUACGCGGAAGGAAGCCCAGGUAUCUCCGGAGUCGCUUUGGCAGCCAGAGAUCUUCCACGUCGUCCUUUGCGACGAACCCUGACGACGGCAGCGACAUCACUGUUGGACUAGGCACCGACUACGCCCUCCAAUCUGGCGGCGCCGUUCCCGCCAUGGGCAUGCUGCGAAACACCAGCAACCCGAUCCUGAGGUCCGUCAGUAUUGGCAGCAUGGGCUCCAACUUUGGCACCGACGACUACACCGAUGCCUCGCUCCCCCAGCUAGCCCAGCUCGAGCCUCUUCCCGAAGUCGAGAGCCCCGAGCGGCCCCGACACUUGGACGUGCUUAGGACUCCCAGGCCUUCCAAGGAGAACUUCAACCCCGCGCCUACGGAUACGGUCAUUGCUCGCCAUGUUAGAAACGUGCAAGUCCCCGAGUCCCUGGCCAAGGAGUACAAGUUCAAGGGUGGCCUCGAAACCCCCCGCAAACCUUCCUCCAUUGUCGUAAGCGGCACGACAGGGCGACCUGGCAAGAACCUGACACUCAAGGAACAGAGCAGCACCAUCGAGAGGCUCUCCAAGGAAAAUUUCGACCUCAAACUCAAAGUCAUGUUCCUGAGCGACCGACUUGACAAGCUAUCGGAGGAAGGCAUCAAAGAGAUGAUCUCGGAGAAUGUUGAACUCAAGACCGGUCUUGCAGUGUUUCAACGGGACAACAAGAUGCUGAGAAGAAGAGUCAAGGAGUUGGAGAAGCAGCUUAAGGAUGAAGACGAACGACCCAGCACGGCCCGAAGUGGCACUUCGUCCACCGACCAGACUGCCCGUCUCUACGAUGAGGAAGCGCAGGAGCGGGAGGAGGAGCUAAUCUACCUGCGCGAGCGAGUUGAGGAGUACGCUACCGAAAUCGAGAGACUGCGAUCCGACAGCCUAAACAAGGAGUCGGAUAGGCGGAAGCUCGCCGACAUUGUGAGAUCCCUCGGCGAGAGGACGACCGAUGGCCUUGGCCGACAGGAAGAAGCCGACGUUUGGAAGGACCUCUUGGAGCAGGAGACGGCCCGCAGAGAACAGUCUGACGACGAGAACAAGAGAAUGAGAGAGGAGAUCUUCCGGCUCAAGCAGGACCUGACAAGCGCCCAGGGCGGCUUACAUCACACAACCAACAUCUACAACAUCACCAAGAAGAACGGACAACGGGAUAUCAAUGCCACACCGAGCCGCCCUGUCUCUGGUCUGUCCGGCGACAUUGAUGGAUCCAACACUGCCUUCAGUUCGACUACCGCCACAACCCUUGUCGAGGAGCUGCGUCGGGAGAGCGAGCAGCUGCGUCACGAGAAUGCGGAACUUCGUCGUGAAGUCGGUGCGCAAACGUCUAUGCUGACCUCGAGGAACCGAGAAAAGGAGCGUCUUUACCAGGAGAUCGAGGACCUGAAGAUGGCACAGCGACGCGGCCGACCUGCUCCCUCCACCAUCGACAGCCUUCUCGAUCGGUCGGCGUCACAGAUUGGCGGCCAUGAGCGCUCGCAUUCUCGUGGUAGCAUCAUGACACGCCAGACCCAGGUCGAAGAGGAAGCGGCGGAGCGCGAGGAACUGGAGAAUAAGCUUGCCGAGCUGCGAGACAAGAUUAGCGAAGUCAAACUACAGAACCAGGAACUGCAGCGCGAGCUAGAGACGUGCAUGGAAGACUUCGAGACCGCGAUUGAAGGCAAACGACAAGCUGAAGAGUCAGGAAUGUCUCUGCAAGAGGAUCUGGACAACGCCAUGAACGACCUCGUUGCCCUGCAAUCCGAGCGUGAUGAGGCCCUCCGUGACCAGGGUGACAUGGAGAAUGAGUUUGAGGCUCUGCGAAAGGAAGCGCAGGAGGAGAUUGAUGCCCUAGAGUUGGAGGCCGACCAGCGCAACGACGAGAUACAACGGGUCCAGGCGGAUCUUCAGGAUCGCUCAGAGAAUUUCGACGCCUUGCAGGAAGAGAUGCGAAAGAUGAGCGAGGCCCUGAUCCGACUCGAAGAUGACUCAGAGAACCAUCUCCGCCGCAUUCAGCAGCUGGAGCAAGAGCUUGACUCGUCCAACAAGGAGCUGGAGGAGUUGGAGCAGAAGCUCAUGGAAGCCAACGACAAGAACCAACGGCUCUCUGUUCAGCAAGAGUCUUCACAAGGCGAGAUUGCCUUCCUGCGUGAAGAGCAAGAGGGCGAUAAGAUUCGCAUUGGAGAUCUGGAGGCAGCUCUCGCCAACGCCGAGCAGAGUAUUCGCGACGAGAAGGAGCGCAUCAAGGAGCUGGAGAAUCGCCUGCAACAGGAGAGACACCAACGGGAGAUUGUGGCGGACAGAGAGAAGGAGGAGGUGCAGCAGUUUGUCAACGAGCUCAACCGGGAGGCCUCGACGGCCAAGGAUGAAGCACGACGUCUGCGUAAGAACCUAACGUCUAGAGAAGUCGAGGCCACGGAGUGGAAGGAGAGGCUGAUGGAGCUGGAGAACAAUUUGAGGGAGGCUUUGGGUGACCUUAAUGGCACCCGCUCUUCUCUUCUCAAGUCCAUCGCCAAGCUCCAACGCGAGCUGGAGAAUACAGUCCGGGACCUCGACACCAGCAAGGCGGCGCUGGUCGAGAAGGACCGCAUCAUCAAGCAGCGCGACUCUCUGCUCGAGUCCCACGCUCUGGAAAGCCGCAAGCUUGCCGAGCUUCUCGAGAAAGAGCGUGUUGGGCACCGCAACACCAAGUCGCAGUAUGACUCCUUCCAGAGGACGCACCAGCACCUCACCCGAACGGCGAGCAGCCAGGAUGUCCGAAUUGCGGAGCUGGAGUCUACGCGGGGCCAGGAUCGCAGGAAGAUUACGAUACUGGAGCAGACGGCCCGCGAACAGCUGCAGGAGCGGAACGAGUUGCUGCUGAUGCUCUGGCAGAAGCUCAGCGCUCUUUGUGGUCGCGAGUGGGCGAGCAGCAACACCAUCAUCGAUCGGCAGGUCUUGCCGUCCCUUGAGGUCAUUGCCAGCCGACUGCCCGGGUUCUCUAAGAACCUGCUGGCUGCAGUCAAGGCCAUAGAGACCAUGGUUGCGUCUUUCGAGACUAGGAUCAAGGCGGUGUCGCGAGACCUGUCGCGAGAGUACCAGACCCUCGAGAACAAUCUGGAUGUCCGGACGAAGAAGCUGGACCGCCUUGAGACCAUGGUCAGAAACUCGGUCGCCUCUGGAUCUUUGGGUUCCCACGAUGCCCAGAUCCGCAUGGCUCGCAUGGAAGAAGCUUACCGCCAACUCAAGGUCGAGAACGCGACGCUGCGCACGGCAAGCGACGUUCGCGCGAGGGCGGCGUAUUCAAGCUCGGGUAACCCUGAGGCGCUGGUUCCAGUAGGAGGCGGCGGCUCACCGUCACCAUCAAUUCCCCGCGGUCCUGGCGAUCAGAUCAGAGACAGGGGCAUCCGCUCAAGCCACAGCAAGACGAGGACUUCAACGAUGACGAGGACAUCUUCGUCGUCAGGAAUACCCGUGCCUUCACCCAGCAGCGCUGGCCUUAGAGACAUGGCGUUGACGGACGAAGCGGGAGCCAACAACGACAACAGGUGGCUAUUCAGGCUGCGGGACAUGGAAUACAAACUCAAGAUGGAACGAGAGGGACGCAAUCAGGAUAGACAUGCAGCAAGGCAGCGGCUCGGCGGCUUGGAGUCGGAGAACCGCGACUUGCGAGAAAAGGUGCGAAGGGCCAGUGAUCUCGACUAG